AUGACUACAGAAUCAGUAUUCCCCGUUCAUCGCUCGCGUCUCGACCUGCGCGCGAAGCACCUGCAGCAAAACAGGGCCGACUGGGACGACAUCCUCGCCUGCUUCGAGGAGGCGUUGAAACGCGUGUCCGCCGAGGGAAAUGAUGUAUCUCUGAAUCGUCAUCAGUCUCGGGGGCAGUUAUUGCCAAGGGAUCGAGUGGCGCUUCUCCUGGAUCAAGACACGCCCUUCCUAGAACUCGGUGCAUUUGCUGGAUUUGAGAACGCAGACUCAACACCAUGUGCAAAUUUGAUAGCAGGAAUUGGCAAUGUCAGUGGCCGGCCGUGUCUUCUCAUGUCGCACAUUCCAACGCAGAGUGGAGGCGCGUGGAAUGAGAUGACAGUUUUGAAGGUGAACCGGAUGAUGGAGGUGGCAUUCGAGAACGACCUGCCCUUGAUCUCGCUCGUGCAAUCGGCCGGAGUGUUUCUCCCCCAGCAGUUCCGCGUCUUCCACAAGGGAGGCCAGCUCUUUCGAGACCUGGCGGUGCGCACGCAGCAUGGGAAGCCGUCUUGUGCCAUCGUCUUUGGAUCCUCCACUGCUGGAGGGGCAUACCAUCCUGCACUAUCAGACUACACCAUCUUCGUAGAGAACCAGGCUCAGGCCUUUUUAGGAGGUCCACCUCUUGUCAAGAUGGCAACCGGAGAAGUCAUCGGUGCUGAGGAGUUAGGAGGAGCGAAUGUCCACGCGACAGUCACCGGUCUGGCUGACCAGAUCGCUAUUGACGAGUUCGAUGCCAUCAUAAAGGCUCGCGAAUGGGUGGCCUCCCUCCGAGAGCGAGCAGUGCCUAUCCAGGGCCUGCUGACCCCUACCGAGCCACGGUAUCCAGUAGAGGACCUGCUAUCUCUGGUCAAUCCUGAUAUCCGGAAGCCAUUCGACAUGCUCGAGGUGCUGCUGCGGAUUGUCGACGACUCGCGGCUGUCGGUGUUCAAGCCAAAGUAUGGCACCAACAUGAUCACAGCGUGGGCUCAUAUCCAAGGCUUUCCCGUCGGAAUUGUCGCCAACCAGAUCUCAGUGAUUAAUCCCAACGAAGCUGCAAAAACGGCCCAGUUCAUUCGGAUGUGCAACCAGGAAAACACACCCAUCAUCUUCCUGCACAACGUCACUGGGUUCAUGGUCGGCGCCAAAGCCGAACAUGCUGGUAUCAUCAAGAUGGGCGCUCAACUCGUCUCGGCCGUCAGCUGCUCGACCGUUCCGCAUAUCUCGAUCAUCAUGGGCGCAUCAUAUGGAGCUGGUAACUACGCCAUGUGCGGUAGAUCAUAUAAACCCCGGUUCAUCUUCACCUGGCCCACCGGUCGGUGCAGCGUCAUGGGCCCAGACCAGCUAUCGGGUGUAAUGGAAACUGUGCAGGUACAGAGUGCCAAGUCAAAGGGACAGGUCCUUGAGCCGGAGAAAUUGAAGAAGCAGGUGGAGAGUUUCCGCCAGAGUGCAGCGAGGGACAGCGAGUCCUACGCGACCAGUUCGAUGCUCAUUGACGACGGCAUUAUCGACCCAAGGGACACCAGGGACGUGCUGGGGAUGUGCCUCGAGGUUGUGAAUUUGAAUGGCGUCAAGGGGGCAGAGGCACACAAACUUCUAGCUAGAAUCUAG